AUGAUAGGCAGAAAUAUUUUUCCGAAAUGCGUAGUCUUAUCUAAGAUUCCUAAUUUUUUUCAUUUUAUAAAAGCUUCGUUUACACAUGACAAAAAUUUUUACUUUUUUAGAAAUAAAACAGAAUACAAAAAUUUGGUUAUACCUCUGAGUAAUGAUCAUUGCAAAAUAAUUGGUCCUGGUUUUUCCUUUCAACUGAAAGAACAUAAUAUGGAAGCUGAUAAACUAUUUUCUCUUCUGUUGCAAAGAGAUUAUGUUAUGAAACUUUCAAUCGAACAAUUAAAGGAUAUUCUUUGUUUGAUUGCAAAUUCAAAAAUUAAUACACAUGAGCAUCAUAAUGUUUUGAAAUAUUUAGAUGAAAAAUGCGCCCUCAGUGCAGAAAGAUGGAAUUUAGAUUUAACCUUACGUAUUUUAGAUGCAUGGUUUAUUAUUCUUGGCAAAAAUGCAUUCAAACGACGAUAUUACGGAGUAGUCACCGGUAUUUGGGGUCGUAAAAUGAAAAAAUGUACCAAGUUACAUUUAAUAUUGAUGCUUUAUUUUGUUGGAAUGAGUAAAACAGCCCCUCCUUUUCUAAUGGAAAUGAUAGAAGAUAAAAUGGAAAAUUUUGCGUCCCAAUUUACUGAUGAAGAGUGGGCUAUAGCAUGUGUGAGCUUUUUUAAAACGAGCAAACCAUUCAACUCCAAAUUAUUACUUGAUCAUUCUUGUAAUGCUGCCAAAAAUUUACUAAACAGCGAUGAUCGAUUUCAUUUAAUAAGCAUUUUAAAAUGUUUCAGAUUAUCUAAGCAUUAUGAUGAAAAUUUGUGGUGCAUGCUUUCAGAAUACAUUAAAAAUGAGUAUAAAGCAUUUAACUUUGUUGAGUGUGCUCAUUUUCUUGCAGUUUUUGCUUCACAGACUUUAUAUGAAAAAGAAUUAUAUGAUUGUUUAGAGUACCAAGGUCUGAAAACUGUAUCAUCAGAAGAAAAUCAAGAUGAAGAAGAUCAUGAUUACUCAAAAAUCCAUCCAUCUUUAAGAAGUAGAGUUAAGGACAUAGCUCGAUUUUUAUGGUCAAUUUCAAGUAUGAGUCAUUUGGCAAAAGCAGAAACAUUGGAAUCAGUUAGUAGUCUUUUAGAAAACCGUUUCAAACUUGGAGAGUUUGAACCAAAUUCAUAUAUUUUAGUAGAUUGUUUGCAAUCUUUCAUUAUGCUAAAUUAUUAUCCACAGAAUUUAAUUAAAAAUGUUUUGCAACUGGAAUUUGUAAAUAAAAUAGUGUUUAGUGAUAGAGCAAAGCCAAAAUAUCAAAUGUUUUUUGUUUUAAACAGUGUUCAAAUAGAAUAUCCAGAUGCUAUAAUCAAAGUAAAAAAUCGGCACAUUACUACACCUAUACCUAAAGCUUUAAGUAAAGAACUCAAAGAAAGAAAUGGAUUCCAAGAUCUUUUUGAGUUUUUAAAGCAAUCUGUCUCUUCAAAUAUCAAGUAUUGUUAUAUUUUCCCUCAUAUUGUAAUAGGUGGCAUAAUAUUAAGUACUGAUUUGAAUUCGGCUUUAAACUUUCCAUCAGGGAAUAAGAGAAUCUCUUGUAAUAGUGCUGUAAAUUUAAUUAAUAAUGGAAUACUUUCAAAACAUUGCAUCGAUAUUUUUCAAGAAGGCAAGACUUUUACCUGUGUAGAAAUCUUAGAUCCAUCAGUAUGUAUACGUGGAACAACUGAACCGUUAGGUUUAAUGAAAGCCAAAAUUCAUCAGUUGAAGAAACUAAACUUUCAUGUAAUUACUCUGACUCCUGAAGAAAUUAACACAUUGAUUUCAGCCAGUAAUUCUGAAAAUUUUUCUAAAUACUUAAAAGAAUUUGCAUAAAUCAUUUAUUUCAGAAUAAUUUUGAAAUGGCCUAAAAAUGUUUUAUCAGCAUUUGAAUUUAUUAUCAAAACAAGCCUCUACAGUUAUGUUUCAUUACUGCAGAUUACAUAAAUUUUAAAUGUUUGAUUUAUUUUUAGAUUUAAAUCUGUAUAUUUACUUAGUGUGAAUAAA